AAUUAAAGACGCGAGCACUGUGCUUUAUUGGUCUUCUACGACAUCACUCGGUCACGGCGCGAGACCUCCUCCAUCUCUCAAUCGCGCGGCGAUUCUGGCCACCCGGUUACUGGUGCGCAGCCGACACGGUAUUGGACGGUACGUGUCACGUGACGCCCACCUGAUCGCCGUUACUACGGGUGAAGCUUACAGAGGAGUUUCUGGUACAAUCGGUCCGCAGCUGAGGAGCGGAGCGGAGCGGAGGGGAUCUUCGCCUUUGUGUCAGAUUAUGUCUGUAAAGGUGGAGUCGGACAUCGGCGGGGCAGCCAGGAGCGCCGUUUCCAUCCUCCCCGGUGGGGGGAACGCCGUGGCGAGCGAGGCGGACAGACCCCGCUGUUCCAGCACGCCGUGUUCCCCCAUCAGGAGCACCGUGUCUGGCUACCACAUCCUCUGCAUGGACCCCCAUUACCUGGUGGGCUUCACCACGGGGGAGGAGCUCCUGAAAGCAGCCCACAGGUGCUCGAGCUCGGAGCAGAGCGCCGACGAGGCCCGGAUGAGCCUGGGUGCCAGGCCGUCGGAUUCAGCACCUCCUCGCCAUGCAUUUCGUGUUCACAGGACCAGGAAUCGCUGCUAUCAGCCGUACGAGAUCCCAGCGGCCAAUGGGCGCCGGCGGAGGCGGAUGCCAAGCAUAGGGGACGGCUGCCUCAGGCCGCCUUCGCUGGUGCCCUUGCAAGGACCUCUCCCGCUCUGUCUUCUGAACGGGAAGAGGACGCACUCGAGGUCUUUGGACCAGCUCAACUUGGACAGAAUGAGCAGCAAGGAGCAAACAGACACGGAGGUGUUACAGAAGAAACUGCAGCACCUGACACUGCGAGGAGAGCACAAGAUCAAGAUCAGCAUGACAUGAGGAGAGGUGUCCUGUCCCAUCCCAGCUCUCUCUCAGCGAUUCUUAAAAUGGUUCCUUUUAGCUGUUAUGCGUUAUGCUGAUCUUCCCAUGGCAACUCUGUGAACUGAAAUGACUCAUUUUUAAUUAAAAUGACACUGGUUCGUGAGUGUUUCAGUAAAACAAAAUUUGAACAAGCCUAUGCCAUUAGAUGACAAAUUAAUCAUCGUUCUUUGUGAGCAAUAAUUUAAGUAAUGCUUUGUCUUAAUUUUGUUCCCUUUACUUUUUGCAUGUCAUUUUAAUUACAGCUGCAUAAAAUAGUUUCCCCAAAUCUGUUUCUAUUUUUUCUUUUAAUUUUAUGUCUAGUUUUUAAUUUAAGUGGCUCACAUUUGAAAGUUCCAGUUUAAUUCCUGUUUAAGUAAUAGCCUCUUUAAGCAUCUGACUGGGUGAAUGUAGGCUCUGUCUGAAAACAAGUCAGGAUGUUUUGUUAUUGAAGGGGAUUUGUGGAGUUGGAGAAUGCUUAGGGGUUACAGCGGCUGCAUCUACAGAAUUAAUCCCCAUCAUAAUUUCUGCCUCUUUGAUUUCUGAACAUAGAGGGGUAGGGAUUUAAUAUAUCCCUACAUCCCCAAUGUUGCCCUUGUAUAAUUAGCAUAUUCAUGAAAAACAUUAUUCGAAAAGGGAUUGGCAAUAUUUGAGUGUGAAAUGUGUGUUUGUAUUUAUAGAUGUGUAAAACAUGCUUUUGACAUUUUGUGUCUUUCAAUGCUGAUCUUAAAAAACCAAGGAUGUUUUUUUUUAGGUUUGUCUGGACAGUAAUGUGACCUGUUCAUUCCUUUUUGUAUUCUGAAAGGCUACUGCGGUACUCUAGUACUUAUUAACUUUUAUCCCCUCUGUUUUUCAUUACGUUAAUUUUAAUUCUGAGGGCUCUGUUGCAUAUUAGAGUGUGGCCCACUUAAUUUACAUAAUGCUGUGCAGCAGUGUGAUUAUGCACGUGCAUCUGAGUGUAUGAAAUGGCUUUUACAGAGAAAUUUUGCAUGAAACAGGCCUGGGAUGCUGAAAAAUUUUGACUUAGUAAUUUGCACAUACAGUUUAUUUUUUUCUGUUUUCUGUAAAUUAGGUUUUAGAAAAAUGUUCAGAUAAGUCUGCAAAUGAGUUGUGAAUUUCUGACAGUACUGCUGAAAUAUUCACAAAAUCACACUACAGAAGCUCUGCUUCAUCUUUACAGAGUACUUUCACAAUUUGGAAUUACUCAUACUGCGGAAUAAAAUCUA